GGUUUAUCAAAAGUAGAGCUGCGAUCCGUGUCCUUUUCGACCUCGUCCGUGUUCAGUACAUUCCCUUUCCUCUUCUUCCUCAGUACGCCUUCAUCAUGGGACGGUUCCUGAAUCUCGCUCUUCUUCUCGUCGGUUUCCAAGCUGCCGGCAUUUUUGCCCAAGCAGCCGAUGCUGUCGAGGAAGAAGUCGAAAACCCUUCCACCAGCCCUGCCCUUGCUGUCACCGUUGAGGCAUCCUUUCCCGAUGCAGAGAUCUUCGGCAUCAAGCUUGUGAAUGGCAAGCCCACCGAAUCUGUCCUAUCCUUCAUGAAUGAAGAGCCGGAGCCGGUCACCGUACAAUUCGUUGGAGGUAGCUUGUGGUCUCCUGAUCUGGCGAACCCGCGCAUCAUUCGGAACUUGACCACUGCUCAAUAUGCCAUCGAAAUUCCACCUGGCGAGAAGCAAAGCCUCCCCUACCGCUUCCAGACCAACAUGCACCCCCAAGAUAUGCGCCUGAAUCUGGCUGCUGUUGUGAGCUCACACAACACUUUCUACACCAUCCAGGCCUUUAAUGGCACUGUCUCUAUUGUCGAACCGGAUGCCAGCAUCUUCGAUCCUCAAAUUCUCUUCUUGUACUUGUUCCUCCUUGCCUGUGCCGUCGGUGUGGGCUAUUUCUUCUACAACAUCUGGAUCGUACCAUAUUUCCCACAGAAGCGGAAGCCUGGCAAGAAGACUCCGGUCAAGAAGAUUGAUGUUGGCUCUGUCGUCUCCGACAGCGAAGGCCCCGCUGUCUCUACUGGCGCCCAGAAGUAUAACGAGGAAUGGAUCCCAAGUCAUCACAUCCAGCGACCGGAAGCUCGUCGUGUCAAGAGUGGUGGAAGACCAAAGAGUCGUGGCAAGCCGGAAUAAAGCUAUCCACAAGUGCUAGCCAUACUACUUUGGCGGCACGACGGAAUGUUCUUCUGUCCGAAGCCAGCAAAGGUCUGGACAGGAAAGCGCACAACCAUUGAAUCUCAAAAGCGAGCUAUGUACGAACAGUGACGAACGGGCAUGGGCAUGGACUUGCAUAUGAAAAGGGGUACAUCUUGGUGAUUUUACCGGAUGUGAAACAUUACUUGGAUAAGACGGGCACCGUACUGUAGACGGUGGACGAGCCGGACAGGAGUGGAAACUAGGACAGAUACCGAGAAAUAAAUUCCUUUCUGUCUGAUGAGAUGGUCCAGAAAGAAGAGCCACCGAGACAGAAAAGCAAAAUCAAAUUAAAGAGCCGUGUGCAACCACACAUUCUUUCGCGUGAUGGCCAGCUGUAUACGAGGCUCCUAGGUUUGACCUGAUGCAAGAAAGGUAGGUAUGUUUUCAUGAACACUCAUAUCGGACAGAACAAUCAAUAC